AUGUUGAUGGUGAUGGUGAAGGGAUUCUCGGGCAAGGAGAAGAGAACACAAUGUUACUUGCAGGAAUUAGAGGCAACCGAGGCAAUCAAACCGUUGAGGAUGUACUUCUAUGAGUCGGAGUACAAGAAACAAAUAAAGCUAGCGACCAAAUGUUUCGUCAAAGACGUUAUGGUUACAUUUGACAAUCUGGAACCGCCGAUGAGUGAUACUGAGAGGAAGUGGUUUGAGGAGCAUCCACAAUUCUGUCACGUGUUCCACCUGGAGAAGGACUCAAACCACAUGGUCCAAGGAAUGUGGAUGUUGCUAUUGCGGACAGUGGAUAGCUCGAAGAGGAAGGAAGUGUGGUUCAUUGUGAAUGGUGUUCCCAUCCGCUAUGGCCUGAGAGAACACGCUUUGAUCUCAGGUCUUAGUUGCCGCAACUAUCCACUUGGGUAUAAGGAGUUUGGUGAUAGAAAGUUCGUGAAGCGCCAUUUCAAGAAGGGAGAAUCAAUAAGGCUUGAGGAUGUCAAAGCGAAGCUGUUGGCUAUGGGAGAACACAGAGACCGGCUGAAGAUGAUGGUUUUGUUCUUUUUAGGAAGUGUUAUCUGUGCGCAAACGAAAGUAGGAAAAGGCGCCAGAGAUGUUUUGGAAUUCUUCCAAUCUGUGGACGAUCUCGAGUUCUGCGAAAACUCUCCAUGGGGGAGGUACUCGUUUGAUUACAUGGUUAAGGAGAUAUCGCACACCAUAGAUCAUUUUGGAGGUCGGGUUAGAGAGAAGACUUUAUGGCCACUUUCAGGUUUCUGUCUGCCACUGGAGGUAAGCAAUUGA